UUUGAUGAUGUAAAUUAGUUUUUUUGUUGUUCUUUUUCGUUCAAGUGAAUACUUGGCUUUCUUCUCAAACUGCGCAAAGAACGGUCCCUGGCGUCAAGGCUUCCUUGAUGUCGCUAAUGUUAUCGGCGUUGUAAUCCGACUUUUGUCGUGAAGCAACGAUUUUGAAAAAAAAAAAUAGCGACAACGGAAGUAUUACCGUUAUCUGUGCAUUAAACUGAACUAGGAUUCACACAGUCCAGGAGCAUCUCAAUCUGAUCUGUGACCAAAAAAAAUGAACAGAUAUACAAAUGUGGGGAUAUUCCACUGUGUAGAAAAACUUCACAACUUGAGGGCUCUGGGGAAAAAUCUAUCAAAACUUCACAGAGAGUGGAUGGGGAGAAGAAACGUUGAAGUCAUGUAUGUUAAGGGUUGCAGUAUCAAGGAUGAUGAUUAUGACUCACUGAAGACAGAGCUAAACAGAUGCAGAUGGACCAAGGACUGGCAAAGACAUAGUAUGCUGCAGGCUGCAAUGCAUAGAAAUAUUAACACAGCCAUCAGGCAUUUUAGUACAAAACCACUGGGAGAUUCAACAUCAAGACGACAACGUCUGGUGAUCUUGGGAACUGGAUGGGGGAGCUACAGUGCUUUGUGUUGUAUUGACAAGAGUCUGUUCGAUGUGUUGGUUGUUAGUCCUCGCAACCAUUUUCUGUUCACCCCAUUGCUAGCCAGCACAACUGUUGGAACUCUAGAAUUCAGGUCCAUUAUUGAGCCGGUUCGCAACACAGGGUUUCGCGAGUCUGCUCACUUCCAUCUAUCGUAUGCUACUGAUGUAGACUUCUGCAAAAAGCAGCUUCAUGUGACAAGUGUUCUCAGACCAACUUUGUCCUAUAAGCUUGAUUAUGACAAGCUAGUUAUUGGAGUUGGAGCUCUCAGUAACACUUUCAAUGUGCCUGGAGUUGAGACCAAUGCCUUCUUUCUUAAGGAAAUUCGAGAUGCCCGCAAAAUCCGGAACAAAAUCCUCUCCAACUUUGAGCUUGCGUUGCAACCAGGAAUUGACAGAGAUGAAAGUGAGCGAUUGCUGCACAUUGUCAUUGUGGGAGGUGGGCCAACAGGUGUGGAGUUUGGGGCAGAACUCUAUGAUUUUGUAGAGCAGGAUGUUGCAAGACUGUACAGAGAACAGCAAAAGCAAGUCCAAGUGACUCUGGUUGAAUCAAAUCAGAUUCUUGGGGCUUUUGACAAACGGCUCCAAUCCUAUGCUGAGAAGAAAAUGAAACAAAGGAAAAGAUUUAAUAUUGUUCAGUCUGCUGUUGUUGAAGUAACACCCACCUCUGUCAAGCUCAAAGAUGGAGAGGUGAUUCCUUGUGGGCUAGUUGUCUGGUCAACGGGCCUGGCACCUCGGCACUUCACAAGCGCACUCGCUGUAAAAAAGAACCGCCAAGGACAGAUUCUCACAGAUGGACACCUUUGCAUGAAGAGUGACACUACUGGCUCUGUGUUUGCACUGGGUGACUGUGCAGAUAUUGAUGAUUACUCUUUACCUUGCACUGCACAGGUUGCUGAGCGACAGGGUCGCUACUUGGCAGAUUUCCUCAACAAAGGUUGCCCACCACAUAUGGAGCCUUUCAGGUUCAAAAAUAUGGGCAUGCUUGCAUAUAUUGGUCGGUAUGAGGCUCUUGUAGAUACACCAGUGGCACGACUUUAUGGAGUUUCAUCAUGGCUUCUUUGGAGGUCAGCAUAUCUGACGAGAUUAGGCAGCUGGCGUCUGAGGAUGCAGGUGCCUAUGGACUGGACGAAAACUUUAAUUUUUGGACGUGAUAUCUCCUUCUUUAAAUAAAAUUUGCCAGUGUGCAUGUGUGUGCAGGCCCAUGCAUGUGUACACUUGCUACAAAAUAUGAGUAAUAGUUGAGUUUUAGAACACUUCUUACAGUUUGAACUGAUCAAUGCUGUACACACAUCAUAAGUAUAUGGUAGAAAAGCAUAAAAAUAUUAUGUUCUAUGCAACAACCCAAAAUAAUUGAGUUGUUUUAAUCGAAAAAAUGUCUCUUUGAACCUGCAACCAUUUACUGUUUUCCUUAGUUUUGUCACAUUUAAAAUAUAAAUUUCUACUUAUACACAAUAUGUAAAUAUUAUGGAUAAUAUUUUAUUAUUUGUCCUACUGGGAAAUUAGUUUUAUAAGGCUCUAUAAGGAAGCAAGAGUGAGAACCACACAAUAUGACAUCAACAAUAACAUCACCUCCCGUUCAUACCUGCCAC